AUGGUCUAUGACUGGGAUGCGCAUCAGCAGACAUGUUAUCGGCUAUACAUCCAAGAGGGCAAGUCCCUCGAGGACAUUAUGGAGCACAUGAAGAACUUUCACCAGUUCACGCCGAGCAAACGGGCCUUCCAAUCCCAGUUUCGCCGUUGGGAUUUCCCCCCUAAACAGCAGCCUGCUUACAAAAAUGAGCGGCUGGUGUGCCGCAUCAAGGAGCUGUGGGGGGAAAACCUUGCUCAGCAAGAAAUGCUGCGGGUCUUGAACGAGGAAGGCUUCGACGUCCGAGCAAGAGAGCUGAUGAGGGUGCGGACUCGGAAUCGCUGGUUGCUGCGAGUACCCCGUGCCCUUGAAGAUGAAUGCCAGACCGACGAGGGCGAAUCUCGAAUCUCGCCAGCAGGCUCGUCAGCUCCAGGCUCGUCAGCUCGGAAUGAACAACCAAGUUCCAGGGACCACGAGACCAAAACCAACAGGCGCAGAUCUAGGCGCAAAAGCUCCUCGGCGGGGGCCCGCGCCGGAUCGACGGAUCGCUUCCCUUCGGAAAUGACGCUAGAUGAGGCGCGACUCAUCUUGCGCCUUGACGUGGCCGCCUACCGUGCUGUUCGAACACACUUCCAGCAAGUCUGCCAGGAAGAGAACAUAAUCAAAAAGACUACGGCUGGGGUGGACAAGUGGGAUGCGGCCAAAGCGCGGCUUCAUUCCCUGGUCUGGUCAACCAAGGAGAACCCGGAACCACCCCAACGACUAGCUCUCGAUGUAAUCUGCACCGACGUCACCAAGCGAAUGCGUGUGCUGAAGACGAGAAUGACUUUGGCGGAGGCCAGGAAUGUGUUGGGAGUCGAUCCAGCAGAAGCUCGAGAAAUGCGCCGAGCCCUGCGGCGAGUUCUCACGGAUUCUGGCUUCACUUGCAAGUCUGACGCUACUCCUCAGCAGUGGGAAGAAUUGAAACGCACCUGGGCCGACGGGUCAACACCCGUUCGGCACGUGCUACGUGCGCCUCAUGCCCAAGAUGGAAUCAGUCAGCCAGAGAAGGCUCGUGCUCUCGACGUCAUGGCCAUGGACAUCAUCAAGAGGUUUCGGGACGAUGGCGGUCAGAAGGAGCCCGGGAAACAAGAGCUUCCGCCGAGUCCAGCCGUGUCGCCGCCACGUGCUGGCCAGCGAGCAACAGCUGCCGCCAUGGCGACGGGCAGCUCAGCCCAUGAUGACCAGAUGGAUCUGGCAGACGCCAUGGCAAACUCGAACUUUGAUGCCUUGUCGGAGGUUUCGCAUCCAUCACAGAUGGCCUUCAGCCCUGCCAGCAGUGCCAUGGGAGCCCCCAUGCCAGCAUCACUGCGGCCUCAGACGCCUGGACUCCCGGGCUCUCAGGAGCGGCUACCCCGACCCUCCCGUGUCUUUGUCUCUCCUCCAAUGUCGGCCGGGAUGCCACUGGGGCCACCGAUGAGUUCGUCCUUGCUUUUGGGCCCGAACACCCAGGCUACCUUUCUGCAUCAGCAGUAUCUGCCGUCGCAAUUCGCAGCCGCCGCUACGCCAGCACCCGUGUUCCAACCCGCGCACCCUGCGCCCGUGUCUCCGGCGUGCGCCAUCUACAUGCGAGCUCACCCUUCUUCGAGCUUCGUGCCGAGCCCGAGCCUAUGGAUUGCCACCCUCAACUCGCAGUCUAUCCAUGAACUGCGGCAGGCCGCGGCCAGCAAAUUUCCCGGAGCAAUAUGCGCACGCGUAGAGGGGAUCUUGAGAGACGGCAAGGGCGGAGAGCUGCCGCUACCAAUCGAACAGGAUGAUGAACUGAGCGCCUAUUUAGCACAUCUACAAGGCGCAGCGCCAACGUUUAAUGUGCAGCUGAUGUGGAAAAGCCCCUAA